GCCGCGGGGACCUGGAGAGCCGGCUGGCGGGCGGACUGGCGAGGGGGUGACGGGGAGGGCGCGGGGCCACGGGUCACAGGGCUGGGGUCUGCAGGGCUGCAGUUUCCUGAGGGCCAGCCUCGCUGAGCCCGGGGCUGGGUCUGAGCGGUGGCGAGGCGGCAGCCCCGCGCACACCAAAGAGGAGGCGGCGGUGGCGGAGUGGCGGCCCCAGCCAUGCUGUGCUAUGUGACGAGGCCGGACGCGGUGCUGAUGGAGGUGGAGGUGGAGGCGAAAGCCAACGGCGAGGACUGCCUCAACCAGGUGUGCAGGCGUUUGGGAAUCAUAGAAGUGGAUUAUUUUGGACUGCAGUUUACGGGUAGCAAAGGUGAAAGUUUAUGGCUAAAUCUGAGAAACCGGAUCUCGCAGCAGAUGGAUGGGCUAGCCCCUUACCGGCUUAAACUGAGGGUCAAGUUCUUCGUGGAGCCUCAUCUCAUCUUACAGGAGCAGACGAGGCAUAUCUUUUUCUUGCACAUCAAGGAGGCUCUCCUGGCAGGCCACCUCCAGUGCUCCCCGGAGCAGGCAGUGGAGCUCAGCGCCCUCCUGGCCCAGACCAAGUUUGGAGACUACAAUCAGAACACUGCCAAGUACAAUUACGAGGAGCUGUGUGCAAAGGAACUCUCCAGUGCCGCCUUGAACAGCAUUGUUGCAAAGCACAAGGAUUUGGAGGGGACCAGCCAGGCUUCAGCUGAGUACCAAGUUUUGCAGAUUGUGUCGGCAAUGGAAAACUAUGGCAUAGAAUGGCACUCCGUGAGGGACAGCGAAGGGCAGAAGCUCCUCAUUGGGGUUGGACCCGAAGGAAUCUCAAUUUGUAAAGAUGACUUUAGCCCAAUUAACAGGAUCGCUUACCCCGUGGUGCAGAUGGCCACCCAGUCAGGAAAGAACGUGUACUUGACUGUCACCAAGGAGUCUGGGAACAGCAUUGUGCUCUUGUUUAAGAUGAUCAGCACGAGGGCAGCCAGUGGGCUCUACCGAGCGAUAACAGAGACACAUGCUUUCUACAGGUGUGACACGGUGACCAGUGCCGUCAUGAUGCAGUACAGCCGAGACUUGAAGGGCCACUUGGCAUCUCUGUUUCUGAAUGAAAACAUUAACCUCGGCAAGAAGUACGUCUUCGAUAUUAAAAGAACGUCAAAGGAGGUCUACGACCAUGCCAGGAGGGCCCUGUACAAUGCCGGUGUGGUGGACCUCGUUUCCAGAAGUGAGCACAGCCCUCCGAACUCCCCUCUGAAGUCUUCCGAGAGCAGCACGAACUGCAGGAGCUGCGAGGGCCUCAGCUGCCAGCAGAGCAGGGUGCUGCAGGAGAAGCUGCGCAAGCUGAAGGAAGCCAUGCUGUGCAUGGUGUGCUGCGCCCAGGAGAUCAACUCCACCUUCUGUCCCUGCGGCCACACCGUGUGCUGUGAGAGCUGCGCCGCCCAGCUCCAGUCGUGUCCGGUCUGCAGGUCGCGGGUGGACCAUGUUCAGCACGUCUAUCUUCCAACGCACACCAGUCUUCUCAACCUCACUGUCAUCUGAUCUGCUGUGCGCUUACUGGACAUGCCAUGUUUCCAUGAACUGCACUGUCACGAACUGUAAAAAGGAUAGAUUGUGGAGAAAAUAAAUACUCCAACACCAUCUGCCAUGCAACGUUUUAAAAAAAGGAAGAAUCAAAAGAAGGUGACUGCUCCCCACCAAAACACAGCACGCGCAGAAUCAGCCCCUCCCAGGCGGGAACCGGGAAGAGCUCUGGGACGCAGACACAUUCCUUGGACUUUCAUUCUUUUUUGUGAUCAAGUAAAGGAAUAAGUAAAAUCUUGGAUGUCAGUUAAGUGGCAGCAUAGCCAAAAAAGUGGGUACCUUUUAGGAAAUGAUGUUGCUAAGUCUCCUUAAUGUAUCCCAAGGGAAGUUUCCUACCUGCAGCAAAUUUUGUAAGAAUUCGUUUUAAGAAUGUACUUGGUUCUUUUUGUACGGUCAUGGAGCUCCGGACAUUUUUAAUAGAAAAUUUUUUCUUAAAGAAAUAGUCAUCCUUUUAAUGUCAUUUCUGUUUUUGUAACCUGUUCAAGAAGGAUUGGAAUGCAAACAGAUUUAAAAAUCAAUUCUGUGACUUCUCAACAAGUUGACAACAAAGUUGUCAGAUUUAAACCAGUCUGGCUAGCGAAAAACAGCUAACUCAAUGUGGGUGGCCUCCUAUUCUUUUUCCUUCCUCCUCUCCUUGCUCCCCCCACCCUCCCCAACCCCUGCCCAAGCCGUUCAAUUAGAAAAUGCUACCAGUUUGAUUAUAAGAUUUCUGUGGAGUAGUCAAGCACUCCUUGGGCGUUUUGAGUUGGUGGAAUAUUUUAUUUUAAGACUGAAAAGGAAGAGCCUGUUCUUUGGGUGUGGAGAGCAUCGCUCGCUGAGAUGCAGCUUCCUGGUGUACAGACUAGGCGGUUCUUCAGUUCCCCCAGCACUCUGCUCCAGCUUCCCCCAGUGGCAUCUCUUUUGCUAGAGCUCUCAAGCCUUUUGCAGCCUAAAUGUUGUAUACUUUUUUUUUUUUAGUAAAUGCUUAAGUAUUUUUGCUUGUAACUUUUGCUUGUUCCCUUGUAUGUGUUUGAAGAGGGGUUUCGGGGUUUUUUUGUUCUAUGUUCUUAAUCAUGUUUUCCACUCCCACUUGGGCAUUUUGGACUCUGGUCAGCUUGUGGGUUUUCUAGGAUGUCGGGAAACCUAGAUGACCUUAUCGGGUGCAAUACUAGCUGAGUGAAAGCUAGAAACCUACACUGUCACUUUACAGAGAUCUCUGAGGAUACUUUCAUAUUGCCUUAAUGUAGCAGUAAUGUGUUUAUGCAUUUGUUUCUUUGCACAGACAUUUUGUCAAAUAUUAAAACUCUACUUUUUUAUGGCACAUAUUAGCAUAUAAGCCUUUAUUCCAAGAGGUAUUUAUUUUUUCACUUGUAAAAAAAUAAGGUUUCCACAUAAAGAACUCUGUUAUAUCCUAGAGGACUUCUGUCUUUUAUAUUCAGGACAAUAAAGACUUUAAAGCAAA